AUGGAAAUGGAAGACGGCUAUGAGACCAAGACAUCUUGGUCACAAAGAGAAAUGCCGUCCACCCCUACCAUAUGUGACCAUGCAGGAAAGAAGAGAAAACAAGGUUUGACCCCUGACCCUGUGAUCAGAAUUAUAGAGGAUGAGGAGGAGGAGGAGCCGCAAGUACAGGAUGAAAUGCUGCCCCAGCUCAUGAAUGACUCAGAGGAGCCUAGCAACAAGCGGGUCAAACCUGUGGUCAAGUCAAACAGCCUAACAGGGGUCAUCUCCCCGGUAAAGACGCCUGCUCUCAAACGCUUUGGCCAGUCCAUUUCGCGCUCCAUUAGUUUUCGUACAGAGGUGCGGCCCUUGCCCACGCCACCCUUGCGCUCUCGGACAAAGGGCACAUCUUUUCCACGGAGACGCAACAGCCAGUGUUGGAGUGACACUGUAGAAAGUCACAACCUCACCGCCAAGGAGAUCAAACGACAAGAGGUGAUCUAUGAGCUGACUGAGGGGGAGCGACAACUCAUUGAGGAUCUUAGUCUUGUUAAGAAGGUGUAUUAUGAGCCCAUGCUGAAGCUGGACAUCAUGUCCGAGAGCGAACUCAGGCAGAUUUUUGGGACUCUAGACUCUCUCAUUCCUCUCCAUGAAGAUCUGCUGAGCCGUCUUGAGCGUCUGAGGGGAUCGAAAAAAACUGUGGGCGAAGUGGCUCCCACUCUCAUGAAUUGGUUUCCUUGCCUGGAGGCCUACGUCACAUACUGCUGUAACCAGGUAGAAGCUAAAGCCCUUCUGGACCACAAAAAACAAGAGAAGCGUGUGGAACAGUUCUUGCGCCUCUGCCAGGAGUCAUCGUUUAGCAGGAAAUUGGACCUUUGGAACUUCCUGGAUCUCCCUCGAAGUCGUUUGGUGAAAUACCCUCUUUUGCUCAAAGAGAUUCAAAAGUGCACACCAGCUGAGCACCCAGAUGAGUUCACGUUGCCUAAUGCAUUGGAAGUGAUCCACAGCAUUGUGGCAGAAGUGAACAAGAAGACAGGCGAGGCCGAGUGUCAGUUUUACCGGCGUGGGCUUGCCUAUCUCGAGGACUUUCAGAGACUUCCAGAGAUCCAACUGUCACGCUUCCUCUAUUGCCAUGGGGAGCUCAGGAGCAAUAAGGGCCUGCGGCUGCAUGUAUUCCUAUUUGAGCUGGCUCUGGUGCUGACCAGACCGGGAGAAGACCGAGAAGGCGGUCAUGUUUUCCAAGUCUACAGACAACCUCUCCCCAACGCCUCCCUAAACCUAGAGGUGAUCCCAGAUGGGGAGGGUGGUGGAGGGGGUUCGUUCAGAGGAGCGUUUACAGGGGGCAAUGACAAAGUGAAGAACUGUUUUCGUGUGAGCAGCAGGGGGCGCUCCAAGGCCCACUCCUACAGUCUACAAGCCAAUGAUUCCUUCAGUAAGCAACAGUGGAUCACGUGUCUACGCCAGGCCAUGGUCCAGUCUCGAGACAGGAAGGCCCAGGGCAGACAGUUGUUGGUGUCUCCACACCCUGACCCCACCCUGUGUCACAUAGCCGACCUCAGCCUCAGUUGUGAUGCUGACAUGGCGGACGUCACCAGCCGCUGA